CUUUCUAGUCUCACCGAGAAGAUUCACUAAGCGAGCGAGAUAGAGCGAAGGAACUCGAACAAUGGCGGCGGUUCAACAGCAGCAAGCGAUGCAGAAGAACACGUUGUACGUCGGAGGUUUAGCCGACGAAGUAAACGAAUCAAUCCUCCACGCCGCGUUUAUACCAUUCGGCGACAUCAAGGACGUGAAGACGCCGUUGGACCAAGCCAAUCAGAAGCACAGAUCCUUCGGAUUCGUCACUUUCCUGGAGAGAGAAGACGCUUCCGCCGCCAUGGAUAACAUGGACGGCGCCGAGCUUUACGGCCGUGUUCUCACCGUCAACUAUGCCCUCCCCGAGAAGAUCAAGGGUGGAGAACAGGGCUGGGCCGCACAUCCACUUUGGGCGGAUGCAGACACGUGGUUUGAACGGCAGCAACAAGAAAAGGAAAUUAUCAAGAUCCAAGCGGAGAACAAGGCUGCUAUGGAGGCUGCUGAGGAACUUCACAGGAAGAAAUUGGCGCAAGACCGACAAGGCGAGAUGGAAGAAGAUACGGAGGUUAAAGAUGAUCCUAUGGCCAGAGCUGAGGCCGAUGCUCUUAGCCAUGACAACAACAACAACCCCCAGUGAAAGUAAGCUUUUGCCGGUUUUUCGUCUGAGUUGUCUUGUCUCAUAUUAUCACCUAGUUUGAGUUUGAGACUAGAUUGUUUCAUCAAGUUUCUAAUCAUUGUUUUUGUUAUAAUUACUAGUUUGUUGAAACUUGCAUGAAUAGAAUAGUUAUUAAAAAAAAAAGAUAUUCCAUGUUUCUAAA